CGUAUUUUAACCUCUACUUUUAACGUCAAAUAAUAUUUAACGUUCAAAAAUUGUUCGUGUAAUUAAAAUUACGCGUUAAUUGAUUGUAUUGUUGUCGGGUUUGAAAAAAUUUUAGUUAAAUAAAUUUACAAUGAACAAAGAUCUAAGUACAACGAGAAAGCAGCAGGUAUAUGCUGACGCAAUAGCAACCGAAGAUAGAUUGCGUAUGAAAUGGUUUAAGAGGAACGAGCAAAGGCUGGUUGAAUACGCCGAGCAGGCGCUGCCUAAAAAAGUAACCGAAGAAGAGAAAGAAAAGAUGAUUUCCGAUCGUCAGGAACGGUACCAGAACGUAGAACGAAAAGUGAGACCCAGGUUUUCUGAAGGAGGAGAAGUACCGUUGAUCGAUCCUGAUGCUGUUUAUAAUGUGAUGCGUCCAGUCAAUCCAGAAGUGAAAAGUUUGCUUUAUGCAGGAACCGAAAAGAAUGGAAGGAAGAAUUAUCUCCACGAAAGGGUGAAAAUUCUUCCUGAAAACAAAUAUUACUUCCAAGAAUGUGUUAAUUGGACGUAUGGCUGGAAAAUGUGGAAUCAUGGCAAAGAGAAUCCGAUGAUACGGUACGGAAGGUGUCGUAUAAUAGAGGAAUCGUUCUACAGGAAGAACAACGUUGGUAGAGAUCCUGAUUGGUAUCGUGAACCCAGUAAACUGAGUCCAACCACGUGUGGCUUCUAAUUUCAAUGCGUAGUUUUCAUAAAAUAUUUGUAAUUAACAUAGAAAUAUUCAGGAAUAUAGGGAAGGAGCAUAAACUACAAUUAUAGGUUAUGGGAGGAGGGGUGGGGUCUAUACACGCAGUGGUGCCUCAAUUUUAUUGCCUAUUUGUGCGUAUGCUCAGUACGAGCAGUCAAUAGAUUUUAAGGGUGCCUGUAAAAACCUUUACAUUGCUAGUUAAUGAUCUGCUCCUAUAUUUCCAUGUCUAUGGUCUAUAGUAAUAUUUUGUAGUGUAUAAAAACGAAUCACCAUGUUUAACAUGUUCAUAAAAUAAAAAAUAUUCAUUUAA